CGUAAGGGCUCGGCGGAGGCGGCCUGCGGCGGCGGCGGCCGGCCGUACAGCGCCCGCGCCCGGUUCCACCAGCCCACCUCAGCCGUGUCGCUGCCCUCCCUGGCGGCCGCGGCCGGCCAGCCGGCGGUGGAGCGGGCCGAGCGCCGUCCCAGCGGCGUCAGUGAGCGGGUGGCGCGCCGGGCGGCCGUCGGACGGGGCGCCGCCCGCGCCGCCGCGCCCCCGCCGCCGCCGCCUCCCGACAGCCCGGCGCUCCGGAGGUCCCGGGAGAGGGUGCCCGGCACCGCGGGCGGAGGAGGCGAGGCGCCCGCGCCGGCGGUGGCGGCCGGGGGAAAGGCGGGGUCGAACGGAACGAGCGCAGACGAGCGAAGGAUGCUGGACGCCAGUCGUGGCGACUCGACAGUACCUUCCGACGUCCGUCAGAACUUGAGCGACGUGUCGGCGCCAUCUUCCGGGACUCUAGAGCCCACGCCGGCAGCUGUUUCAACGGUCACCGCUGGCGGGGCGGAAACAACAACAGUGUCUGUCGCUGCCUCUACUGCCAAUAAGGGCUCAACGAACCCCACAACUACUACAGAGAGAGGAAUAACGGUCACAGCACCCAUAACGGACGCUACCGUCACCGAAACCACCACCGUCACUGCCAUCGAUACGACAGUCAACACAACAGCCACUACCACCGCUGCCACCGCGCUCUCCAUCUCUAUCCCCACCGAGCCCUCCCCCACCUCUGCUCCGUCCCCUGCAGCGGUCGUGUCCCCCCUGACCUCCGCGCGCGACCUGACCUCGCCGGAGCUGGAUGAGGACAGCGUGGACGAGGAGAUGGUACAGGCGGAGCGGGCGCUCGAGUCGGCCAUUGUGGCUGAACGGCACCUGGAGCAGCAGCUGGCCGAGACGGAGAGUUGUGUCAUCGAGGUGGACACUGAGACGGACGGCGACUCGACCUCGAUCGACACAGAGUGUGAGGGGGACGGCGGCCCGACCGAGCCGCCCAGCCGCAGUCUCAUCGAGGACCAGUACGCGCCAGAGCUCGACAGUCUGUCCUGGGGUGACCGUAUGGACCUGCUGGAGGAACUAGAGGAGCUCUCCAGCCGCACGCCCGGCCGCGGCCUGCAGAUGCACGAGAAGCUCUCCUCGCCGAGCCGCAAGAAGGCGCUCUCGGAGACCAUUCGACUGCACCAGGAGCGACAGCAGAAAGCCAGUAGGAUGAGACGCACACUCAUGGACCGCAAGACGCAGAAACUCAGCGAAAUCAGCAUCAAGAUCGAGGAGGUGCGUCAGCAGAAGGAGCAGCUGCUCGAGCAGCGCCGGCUGAUGCUGGAGCGGAAGAUGGCCCGCGCCGAGGAGAAGCGCCGUAAGCACCUGCAGGACAUCGUGCGCCGCGCCCACGACGAGGAGGAGAAGGCCAAGGAGAUCGCCUUCAUCAACGAGCUCGAGGCCAAGAACAAACGACACGAGUUCUACUCGCAAAUUCAGACCCAGGAGGCGCGUCUGGCCGGGAUCCAGGAGGAACGCCAGCGCCGGCAGGAGGAGAAGGCCGCCAAGGAGGCCGCCGUGGAGGAGAAACGCCGUGCCCUGGAGGAGGAGCGGCGCGUCAAACUGGAGGAGCUCAGACAGAAGCGCAAGGAGCGCCUGGAGCGGAUCCACCGCGAGCAGCGGGACAAGGAGAAGGAGCGACUCGAAAUGGCCAGGGAGAAACAGCGGGACCGGGACGAGCGCCGCUCGGCGCUGCACGCCGCGCAGCAGGCCAACACGGAGGAGCUGCAGCGGCGCAUCCAACAAAAACAGGAGGAGUCGGCGCGGCGCCACGAGGAGAACAUGGUGCAGAUCCGACAGCGCGCCCUGGAGCUGAGUGUGCGCAGCGCCGCGGCCGGGGGAGACGACACGGCCGCCCAGCUGGCGCCCUACGACACCAAGAAAAUGUGCACACUCUGCAACGUGCUGAUCGGCUCGGAGGUGUACCUGCUCACCCACCUGCGCGGCCGGCAGCACCAGGAAGCGGUGCGCGCCGCCGCCGGCUCCGACCUGGCCGGCGAGGAACUGCUCCUCUACAACCUGCGGCACAUCACCGACGCCGCGCCGCACCAGAUCAUCAACAUGACAUUCGACAAGGAGAGACACAAGGCGCUCCGCAAACGCUGCAAGAAGAUCAAGGCGCGCAUGGUGGCCAGACAGCAGGAGUACACCCGCAGCAGCCAGGCUCGCCCGGCGCCGGUCGAGUCUCCGCACCGCGCCAAGCUCACCAAGUGUGUGAAGGACCUGAGUAAGGUGGUGUCCGGCCAGGGCCGCGGGCCGUGGCCCAACGCAGCUGUCUCGGCGCUCGACCGCACGCUCGGCGAAAUGCUGCGCAUCCUAGACAAGGGGAUCUCAGCCGACCAGCUCUCGCUAUGCGCCGCCGGCGGACUCCAGGUUCUCUCGGAUAUUAUCGCGCUCAUCCAGGAGGAGCUGGCCAAAGACGUCGAGAUCGUGCCCGCCCGGACGGUCAGUAACGUGAGCCGAACCCUGGCGGCCGCCUGCCGUCAGAGUGCCGACAACUGCCUUCACGUCAUCAACAGCAACAUGGUGGGCGCUGCGCUCGACCUGCUCAUGACACGGCUGACCCGUCUGUCGUCCACGUGCGCGGCGUCCGGCGGCGUUCGCUGCGACCCGGGCGCGGCCGCCCUGAUGCAGCUCACCUCUGCGCUUCUGUCGGCGCUCACCGGGCCGGACCUGUCCCACCAGCGCUGGGCGCUGCUGCAGGACGUCUGCAGCUACCUGGUGUGUGUGGGCACCGUGGACAAGAUCUCGUCCUUCUUCAGCUGCGUCCAGGGCGGGCCGGACUCUGAGCCGCACCUGGCCGACUUUCUGACCCAGAGUCUGCGCCUGCUGCGGGCCAUGGCCGCCCUGCUCACUGCUAGACACCCACAGAGCACACAGAGCAAGGAGCCGCUGGACCGGACCGGUCUGAUCGCCACACUGCAGGUGACCCAGCUGUGCGGGGUGGUGUCUCUGCUGUACGACGCGCUGCUGCGCCACCACUCGCCGGCGCAGCGGCGCAGCACGCCGCCGCCGCCGCUGGACCAGGCCACCGUGCUGCUGGCCGCCGAGGCGCUGUCCACUCUGCUGCAGCUGGCGCAGCUCGACCUGCACAUGUUCCAGCUAUGUCUGGGCUUCGAGGGCCGCUCGGUGGAGUUUCGUCACGUCACCAGCUACCUGCUGUGGUACUGCUCGCACCACGAGCAGCCCAACCUGCUGCGCCUGGUCAUCCAGACGGCCGGCUACUUCGCCGCACGUUGCUACGACAACCAGAUGGUGCUGCAGAAGGGCAACAUGCCCACGGUGCUGCAGCAGCUGCUGACGCUGCCGUUCGCGCACUUCAGCGACCCGCAGCUGACGGUGGUGUUGUUCCCCACACUGCUGGCCUGCUGCAUGGACAACGCCCAGACGCGCGCCAUUCUCGACCAGGAGCUCAGCUACCAGAUUCUGGAGGACUUUCUGAAGCAGGAGUCGAGCCGCGGUUGCCACCUGGUGCGCGUCCUGCUCUCCACAGAUGAGGAGAGCGCCAGCGUCCGCUCCGGCAGCGUGGCCUCGUCACGGUCCUAGUGACCAGCGUAACGCCCGUGAGGGUGUCCGUGUGACGCUCGGAAGGUGACGCAGUGUGACGCUCACUCUGGCUGAAUCUCCGCUACACUGGCUGCCGUUUAGGGGUGGCUCAGUGUAGUCUGCGGUGAUAGGUGAGCAUGCUAGAUCGUGGGAUAUACAGAAUUCUAACCGACCCCGAGCCGGGCAGUGCCGGUUGCCUCAGCUGCUGCAGUGGAACACUCUAUGCAAAACUACUGUGUUAAGAGAGGCUGUACCGAAUACCCAUGAGAAAGCCACCGGUGAAGACGAUACCCUUGGCCGGCCGGGGUCGUCCUGGACAGCCCGAAUUCGGCCCGGUCUAUGAGAGCCCGGACGGUGUCGCGUCGUCCAGCCAAGUAACCGCCGGGAUGAGAGAUCUGGGGAGGUAGGAGGCAGCCCCCAUGGUCUUUGUGACGCAAGGAGGGGAGCGGGAUGGGUAGUCGCCAAGUAUUAUAGCGGACUACCGGACGGCUGACCCUAUGUGAUAGUUCGCUGCAUUUAGUGAUGCUCAGCCUUCGUGUGCCUGUACUGCCUUUUCCCGAUAGCUGGGCAGCUGUAUUACAGGCUGAAAGUGGAAUUAUCACAGCUAGUUUCACGAUAUUCCCAGUCGAUACGCAUUAUACGUGAGUUAAGCGUGAUCAUAACAGCUUUCUAACCAGGCCAGAACCGUUUGGCUGUAUUUGAUGUAGGCGUUAAAAUAUGUUGGCCAAGAGCCGCGGUAGCUGAUGUGUACUGAUACGAGAAGUUCCUGUUCUAACAGUAUGCCUUUGUGCCAGAUCACAGACCGGUCUGUAUAGGUCUGCGGCCAGAUCUGAGUGUAGCUGACGUGCGGCCACUGUGACGCGGAGCCGCGUGUGGGCCCGGCGCACUGGCUCGUUCUGAGUGUAGCUGACGUGCAGCCACUGUGACGCGGAGCCGCGUGUGGGCCCGGCGCACUGGCUCGUAGGCUCUGUGCACUGCGCGGCCGAGCAGUCACCAACUGUGUACUAAUCUAGUCUCACUAAGCUUUCGUUGUUGAUGCGUCUGCUAUUUUCGCAAUAAACGUUUCUCAUAUA